AUGGCAGCAGCGGGGCGACCCGCGGAGGCCGCCAUGUUGUACGGCACAAGGGGGCGCCAUGUUGUACGGCACAAGGGGACAGCCGUCCUGUACGGCGCCAAUGUGUCGUCACCGCGGGGCGGGCGGUUGGAUUUGAACGGGGCGGCGGCGGCCGGGGAGCGGGAACCGGGGCCGGGGACCCGGAAACCGGGAUUCGGGAGCGGGGGGCCCCGAGCGGGAGGAAAAGCAUAUCCUUCAGCAAUGGACAAGAUUUACACAGACCCUAACAUGGAAAUGGAUAACACAGACCACAUCAGAAGGAAGCAACUGUCCUCCAUUUUAAAGGCUCCACGAGCUCCUCUGGAUGAUCUGGGAAAUGGGAAUGAAAUUACAGAGGACAUCCAUGGAGAGAGGCGCAGGAGGAGCUCGCGCAGGGUCAGCUUCGCCAGCACCAUCAACCUCAGAGUCUUCCAGCGAGAUCUUAAGACCAGCACAUCACAGACAGAAAAUACAGGGUGUUCAGCAGAUGAGAAGGAUGAUACCUUGACUAAUCAGAAUGAAGACCCUGGGCCUGUUCCAUGUGAGAUCACUGGGAUGAACACUCUGCUUCAUGCCCCCAUCCAGGCCUUGGGGCGGCAGACUGAGUGGCAUGACAUGGACCAUGCUGUUCCAAGGACAGACAGGCAGGACACCACCCUGCUCUUCUCGGAGGAGAAUGAGAUGGAGAUGACAGCCAGCCACACAGCCGUGAUCUCACGGAACCUCAGCACCCACCAGCCCGACAGAACUGAGAAAAUAGACUUCAACUCCUUCCUGGCUAAGUUAACCUCCAGCCAGGGGAAGGCAGAAGCCAGCAAGGAGUUGAGUUUGCUCCCUGACUCCACAAACCAUCCGCACCCCUCUUUGGAACAGAAGGAAGAAGCCACUCCUGUGAAAAAAAUAGAUUUCAAUGAAUUUCUGCUGAGACUGAAGUCAAACAAUCCUGCUGAGAGAGCUGACAAGGACAAUGUUUGCUGCGUCCCUUCCCAAGGCUCGGGAGAUGUGACGCAGCUGUCUGGGGAGUUUGGCUGUUCCCAGGAGCCGCUGGACACCUUCAAUGUGACAAGAGUGUUUCGAGGCAGAGAGGGUGGGAUGGACAUGACAAAAUGUGAGGCAGCUGACGUUAAAAUUCCAUUCCCUGGCAUCAGUGAGGUUCCAGCAGAGCAGUGGGAGUGUGGGGAUGUCACCCAGGCGUUUGCAGACGAGGGCAUGGACAUGACAACCAGUCACACUGCAAAGGUGUCCUUUGCCCUCUCCGCUGUCGGGAACCAAAGGCUCAACUUCCAAAAGGAUUUCCCACCCACGGAGUUAGAUAAUUCUGGGUUCAGGAGAGCAUCCAAUCCCAGUUUGAAUGUUCAGCAGGACCCUCAGCUCUGUGCAGACAGGAAAGCAGCCAGUGCUGAAGGCAGAGGAGAGCCCCCAGUGCUGCGGGCUGGCAGGCAGGAGGCCGGGGCACUGGCUGCCAUCCAGGGAUCUGUUUCAUCCGAGACCAUCUUCCGAGGGAACAAAGCCAUUGUGUUCUCCGAGUGUGAUGACAUGGAAAUGACUGGGAAUUACACAGACAUCAUCUAUGAGGCCAGCACCACAGAACACAGCAGUUCAUGCCAUAAAACCUGGGAAAAGCCAGUGAGUAGAAACCCUCUGCUGGCACGUGGUGACAUCCCAAAGGGUCUGGCACCUGCAGAUAAUCCUGCUGCUGGGCCCUAUAAAAACAGUGCCCUUGAACUGCCUUCAGCCUCAGGUGGACACAUGGAAAAUGUGUCUCAAGCUUGUCCUGCUACAGCCAGCUCUGGGUUUGGCUCAUAUACACAUUUUGUAGCUGGUGGUGUUCUGAAGAGCAGGUUUGAUCCCUCUGCAAACCCCCAGGUUGUUUUUUCAGGUGAGAAGACAGUAAUAUUUGGAGGAGAAGACAUGGACUUGGCUAAAACCUUUGUUAAGGAUGGUGGAGAGAAUGUUGAUAAUGAACAUCCCACUGCAGUGCUCACCUCUGUCACGUGCAAACCUCAUUUCCUGGGCAACAGAUCCAUGUCUUCCAAUGUAACUGAGCAGGAAGAAAUGGAAAUAACAAGAUGCCACACUGUUUUCUUUGAUGGUCAAAGCAGUGGGAUAACAGCAGAGCCAAAACAAAUGCCCUGUAAAAUCAUUCCAAGAAAGAACCAGAACAAAAACGUCACUGAGGGUGACAUAUCUGUAUAUUCUGUAGAUAUGGACAAGGAAAAUGUUGAAGUGAGGAAUAUUGAUAGGAGUAUUAAAAGGAGCCAGGCUAUGGAGAGGAAUGCUCAAGAUCUUCAGAUGAUAAUGGUUGAUAAGAAGCUGGGAAAAACCAACUUCCAGGCAAGUGGUCUGAGUUCCUGUGCCAAGAGCAUGUGUCUGCUGCAAGAGCAAAACAGAGGAGUCCCCGAGGACGUUGUCACUGACACUGGUGCAUCCCUGUCUUUGCAAAGCCAAGAAGUUGCAUCACAGCCUCUGGGAGAAAACCUUCCAAGCCCCUCAGAUUUCUGCACAAAUGACACAACAGGAGUGUUUUUAGGUGACCAAAGCAUGGACAUAACCAAAGCUCAUCCUGCUGCCUUUGAGAUUGCUCCUACUAACAUAGAACAAGGAUUUAAUAAUCAAAACACUGCAGUAUCCAAGCAGCUGCAAAACCAGCCCUUCCCACUUUCCAGUGGUCAUGGUGGGGAUAUCGUGAGUCAAACUGCAGCAAUGGAAUGUGGGGACUUGAAAAUGAACACCAACAAGCAAAUUGUUACUGCUUUGGCUCCAAGUGGUUCAUUUGCUUUUAAUAACAAUCCUGCUCCCUCAGGAAUGACAGGAAAUGAACAGUCUGGGACAGUAAUAGGAAUAAAUGCAGAGGGCCAAAACUCAGAGAGGCAAGAGAAACCCCAGCCUGUGAGGGCAGUAAGCAAAGUAUUGCCAACCCAAGGAGACUCUGACAGACAUUUUUCCAUGGGUGAAACAGGUUCUUCAAGAGAGGAUUUAAAAACUCCUCCCUCAGCUCCUGGGCUGCUCCAGAGGGAUGCAGAAGAACCAGUGUGGGCCAGGACAUCUGAGGCACCCAAGGAAAGUUCCCAGUUGUCUUUCUCUGGAGAAAAGUCUGUUGUGUUUCCCCAUGGUGAAAACAUGGACAUGACUGGCAGCAGUGUGGUGAUGGUUCCAGUUUACACCAUCAGUGUUUUGCCACAAAACAAAGCAGCACCUGGAUGCUUUGGUCAAGGUGGAAAGGAAACACUGUCCUUGGAAAAAGGGGUCACCACGACAACGCCGGUGGAGCAGGGCGGGCAGGAGGCUGCACGUGGCAGAAGCAUCAGCUUUGCUCUGGCUGAGGACAUGGAGAUCACCACAAUUCACACAGGGUGGCACAGACAGCCCAUCCCAGCCAUUCCUGCUGACAGAACCAUUGUGUUUGCCCACGACCAGGAGGACAUGGACAUCACUGCAUCCCACACUGUUGCUGUCAGUAAGAACAUCUGUGGGUUUGAGGCCCAGCAGGUGCCCCACACAAACACCCAGCAGCCACCACAGCACAUGCAUGGGGAGCUGGUGCCCUGCAGAGGGGAAAUGGAUUCCUCACAAUCUGCCACAAAACCUCUUCCCUCUUCUGCCUCAUCAGUCUCAGCAUUUCCUAGUGAGAAAGGAGCUACCCAGGUCCCCAGUGGCACAGCACCACAUUCCAUUUAUUCUGUCUCCCUUCAGGAAAGUACUGUGGAUGUGGGGGCACCACAGGAUCAUGGCCUUCCCACAGAUAAUUCUGUCCCUGUGAGCAGGGAGCAGGAUCUCACACCACCAGAAAAACUGCAGUCAAAGGGAAUAUCUUUGGAGUUCCCAAGCAAAACAGAUUUCAAUGAAUUUCUGCUGAGACUGAAGUCAAACAAUCCUGCUGAGAGAGCUGACAAGGAUUGUUUGAUCCCUGUGGAUCACAGGGAAGAAAGUGGCACUUUGGGAUCCUGUGUUGCCUUUCCCAUGCAGGGAUCAGAUCCUUGGAAGGCUCAUCCAGAUGCCCCUGGUACUCAGAGGAACCAGCUAGUGGAAGAGGAUUCAUCUCAGCCUGGAGAAUCAGCUUUGGGCUUGGCUGGAGCAAACCUCCUUCCUGCUGCUGACAAGGAAUCCAAGAAAAAUGAGGAGCUGUCAGCUGAAGGGGAGGCAUCUCCAAAAGAUUUCCAAAUAAACUCUGAACAAGCCAGGCAGCCUUUGGUCAGUGACAGUUCAGGGGAUCAGACACAAGCCAUUCUUCCACCAGAAGCUUCAGGAAUUAUAGGUGUUUGUUCAAAACUGCUGAGUUUGACAAGGAAAUCUAUUUCUGUUUCCAAAACUGCUUCUUCUGACCAGUUGCCCAGUUCCUCAGCUCAGCCAGAAGAUACCCUGAGGUUGGGAAAAAACACUGUCAGUGAAGCAAAUAACUUGUUUGAGCCCAAAAAGCAGGAGAACACAGGUCUGGAAUCUGGAGCUGAUCCCAUAGGGAUGGCACCAAAGGAUAAAUAUCCAGGAAUAAAUAUCCCUCUGGGUAUAUUCCAGCCUAAAUUACCAAACAAGAGAAAUCGUGUUUCCAGUGCACAGGACAUAAAUACAAAAUCAGGCAGAGUAGAAGCCCCAGUUCCAGCCAACACCAGAGAAACCCCAGGUAACAAGUCCAGCAGGCAGAACUUCAGUCCUUUUCAGUUCGUAGCAGAAGAAUUUCUCCCUGUGUGCCUGGAGGAAAUGGAUUCCAAUGAAUCUGUCAGCUCCGAACUCAUGGAAAACCCUUGGGGUGAUAAAAAUAAAAAUAAAAAACAAAUUCCCCACUCUGAAAAGGAUCCAUUUGAAGAGACAAAAAGUUGCAACACGAAAAGAGCUUUAGGACAAACUGAGGAGGAUGCUCAGAGCCCAAAGAAGGCCAAGAGGGAUCAACAUGUGGAUGCUGGCGCCUCUCAGGACUUGGAGGUGACUCUUGAUGUUGUGCCCCAGGACCAAGCAGAAGCUGAUGAAGCUGCAGAGCCUCCAAAUCUCUCAGCUAAAAGCCCUGAGUGUCCCCAGGCCAGCAGCAGCAGCUCCCUGGAUUCUGUGAAGGCUGACAUAGAGUCCACAAUCCAGCGCAGCAGCCAGGUGGAAUCCCAGCUUCUCACGGACAGCAUUUGUGAGGAAAAUUUAUGGGAGAAAUUUCAGAGUGGUGCUAUCACGGUUGGGGAGUUUUUUACCCUUCUUCAAGUGCAUGUUGUGAUCCAGAAGCCCAGGCACAGCCAGCUUCCAGCCAGUUGUGCAGUGAGUGCACCUCCCACUGCAGAAGAUCUCAUCCACAGCCAGUACGUUCACCGGCCCAAGCUGAGGAUUUAUGAGGAGGAUUGCCAGGACCUGUCUCAGAUAAUAGUGGAGUUAAAACCACAUGUGAGUGUCCUGGAUCAGCCCCUGGUGAAUGUGACCAGGACUUUGUGGGAAGUAAUGAGAACCUGCACUGAUGAAGAGCUGAGUAAGUUUGGAGCAGAACUGAACAAGAUGAAGUCCUGUUUCACCAAGGAGGCUAAAAUCUUUUCUCACAAUGAGAAGGAGACAUUGUACAGGAAACUGCUGCAGAGUGCUGAGGAGCAAUACAGAAAGCUCCAAUCAAGAAUAGAAAAGGUGGAUGAAUGGGUGAAGGAGGCAGAGAGCUCCGUGGUGGCUCUGGAAUCAGAUUCUUUUUGGGAUGCAAAGGAAGCUGGCUGCAGUGCUGGAACAUCAGGAGGGCAGAAUGUGCAGGAAGAAUUGCAAAACAUCACAGCCCAAGAGGAGGAACUUCUGAGAGAACUGUCACAGAUGGAUGCUGAAGAUGAGCUUGAUUUGGCUGAGAUGGAGAAGCUCAAGAAGACUGAAAGGGCCUGCCGGGAAAUCCUGGAGAAAUAUGACUUCACUGAGUGGGAGCUGACAGAAUGGAGUGAGCAGCAAGCUGUCUUUAAUUUCCUUUAUGAUUCUCUGAUACUCACAGUUGUGUUUGGACCCCCAAUAGAUGAUGAGGUUUUCGCUGCAUAUCCUUCCAGGAGCAUCGCGAGCCUGGACUUUGAAUCUUUCCUGGAUGAGGAACAAGCUCCACCCUCCUCAUGUUUAGUCCAAAAACUCAUCUUCCAGUUUAUUGAAAGUCAGGGAUGCUGGCAGAGGAAGUGUCCCAAACUGUGCUACUUGCCCCAGGCUCUCUUUGACAUCUCCUUGGUGGUGAGUCGCUGCAGAAUCUUGGGAGAUGAGUUGGAUUUUCUGCAGAGGUGGGGAGCAAAAUUCCAGCUCCUGGAGACAGAUAUCAAAGACACAGAGGUGAAGCUUCUGUUCUCCUCUUCAGUGGCUUUUGCCAAGUUUGAGUUGACUCUGGCUCUCUCUCAUGAUUACCCAGCUGCUGUGCCUCCCUUCAGGGUCCACACCCACAUUGGGGAUAUCGGGGAGAAGGAAGUUGCUGCUGUUCUCUCCAGAGUUCCAGUUGGCCACCACUAUCUAAAGAGAGCAGUCACCUCCAUCCAUCAGAAUCUGCUCCAGGCUCCCAGAUGAUCUGCUGCACCCACAGGCAGGACUGAAGCAGUCAGAAUGGGUGCUCUGUGAGUUUGCUCUUAGGAGAAUUCCAGCUGUGUCUCCCUGGAAUGGGAAUGCUGACACCCACUCAGCUCUAGAAUUCCUGCCUAUUUGGUGUCCUUGUGGCUUAGACCAAGUAGAACCCUUGGUGUAGGCCACAGGUUUCACAAGGGCUGGGGUGUCUGAAGAGGAGAAGAAGGAAAUUCCUAGAUCCCUGCUAAGUUCAAGGUGGUUUUUAUCUUCUGCCAGUCACUGGUGGUCAUUCCUGGCACAGUCAGUCAUGAUUGGAUAGCCAUUCCAAGCAUGGAUAUUCUUCUGCCAUACCUCAUUAAUUUUGUCAUUUACAGAGCACUUGGAAAAAGCAAUGAUGAGCAUUCUCUAAAUUAUUACAAUUGGAGUUUAAUUCUGCUGUCAUUAUUCCACUACCACGUACAAUUUAACAGAUCCCACCACAUCUGGUGUUUAUCCAUUGCCUGGCACCCCUCCCAGGCCAGACACUAUCCCUGCAUCUGAUUAAUUAACCAGUUAACCUGUAGCAAUUCACCCCAGAAACCAAAGUCAGAAAUAUUUUUGGAAUUAAGGCUAAAAAUCCCUGUGCUUGCCCACAGACUUUGAGAUGCAACAGCCUCAGCGCCAUCACUGUGAUUCCCUGGCAGAAGUCAGUUCUUUAUUCAUUGCCUUAGUCCAGCACAAUCCCUGGGUGCUGGGGCACUGUCCCAGUUUGGAAUGCCAUGGAAUUUUAGUGAGGAGACUGAACUCCUUAAACUUGGGAGUAUCUGUGAGCUCUAGCUUGGUUUUGUGUAUAAUUUUGUGUAUUAUGUGGGUCUUGCUGUUGGAACUGAUCUCACCCUGUGUUACUGAGCCCAAGCACCAGCCCUGGCUCAGCUCUCAGUUCUGCAGCUGCAAAUCUUUGUACCCUGUAAAAUAUGUUGAAUUUAAAAAUGUUUUCCUGUAUUUUAGUGUUUAUAUAUUUUGUCUUUUUCCAAAGUUUGUGUCUGUUUGAA